UCGGUGCGCGCCGCUGCAGGCUGGGCGGUUGAGCGAGGCGGCACCAUGAAGAGGCGAACAGGGGAGCAGGAGAAAGAACUGAAGAAAAAAAAGCUUCUUGAAGAACUUGGAGAGAACAAACUUCCAUAUAUGACACCAGCUGAUGCAAAUUUUCAGCAGCUGUGGAAGACCAAAUAUUCCAAGCUGAUUUUCAGAAAAUCUGAUGCAGUACCUGAGGAGCUACAUCAAAUGGUACAAGAAGGCUUUCUGGCCUUGCAAAAACACAAUUGUUUCUUUCAAGAUCUUGUAAGGAUCAAAGGGAAAGAUUUUGUUACUCCAGUGUCUCGUAUAUUAAUUGGCAACCCAGGAUGCACUUACAAGUACUUGAACACAAGAUUAUUUACAGUCCCCUGGCCUACUGAAGGUUAUGACAUAAAAUACUGCAGUCCUCAAAUACAUGAUGCUUGUAAAGCAUUAAUUAAACUUAAUGACUACUUGCAUAUUGAAGCAGUCAAGGCAUUGCAAGGACAGAAUUCAUUUGAGACUGAAGAAAUGAAAGAUGCUACUGUAAUAGAUAGGGAGCAAAAUUUUGCAACUUCUCUCACGAAGAAAGAGUCUGUUUCAAAAGAUCAAAGCAGUUGUGGUGUUCCAGAGGAUGACUAUGUAAAUCUGAAGAACAGAACAUCUUAUAAUGUGACUUUAUUAAAUUAUAUGGAUCCACUACAAAUGCAGUACUUGAAACAAGAACCUUAUUUUGGAAUGGGGAGCAUGGCAGUGAGCUGGCACCACGACGAGAAUCUCGUUGAAAGGUCAACCGUUGCUGUGUACAGUUAUAGCUGUGAAGGUUCAAUCAUGAAAGCAAGUAAUGAACAAAAUGUGAAGGGGAGAGACCCAUCUGUUUGGCACGUAGGCUUGAAGGUAGCGUGGGACAUAGAGACACCUGGAUUGGCAAUACCGCUUCACCAAGGAGACUUCUACUUGAUGCUUGAUGAUCUCAAUGCAACACAUCAACACUGUGUUCUGGCUGGUUAUUCACCUCGAUUCAGCUCAACUCACAGAGUGGCAGAUUGUUCAAGAGGAACAUUGGAAUACAUAUUUGAACAAUGUGAAUUGGCACUCCAGAAUUUACAGACUGGUUCUGAUUCAGCUGCUUUAACUUUGAAAUCACUGGAACCUGCAGUUGUAAAGCAAGUAGAAGAAAUACAUAAUGAGGUUGAAUUUGAGUGGCUUAGGCAGUUCUGGUUUCAAGGCAAGAGGUAUUUGAAGUGCACUGAUUGGUGGCUUAAGCCUAUGGCUAAACUGGAAGAAUUUUGGAGAAAAAUGGAGAUUAUGACAAGCCUGGUCAUCUCUGAAGUUGGCAAAAAGGAACUAAUUGAGGAACAAAGAAAGAAAACCAUCAGCAUCAUCUUGCUGGUUCUUACUGAGCGACAAAAGCUGCGUAAGGAAUGGGCAACAAGGUGCCAGUCAGAAGCUGCAGAGAACCUACCAGAAGACCAAAAACCAGAGUGCCAUCCCUUCUGGACAGAUGAUGGAUGUACUAUGCCACUGCCAUAUGAUCUUGAAGAAGUAAUUGCUAAUCUACAAUAUCUUGUUCAGAGGGUAGAAUAACAAGUGACUUUCCAGCCUCGAAUUAUUGAUGCUCAUCAUUUGGAGAGAAACCUUUUAGUUUAACAUAAAUCUUUUUGGCAUUAGGAUUUCUCAGUCAUGUGUUAGGUAUUAAUGCAGCUUUUACUGGUCUUUACACAGUACCUUAGUUACUGUCUCAUAAUAAGAAAAGACCCAGAUUUACAGAAACGGGUUUAAGACAUGAAGUACAGAAAACCAGCCUCAGUUCUUUCCUCCUCCACUAUAAUUCUCAUUAUCCUACAGAUCCCAAGACUUCCUUGCUGGUUUUCAUCAUGAAAAUUGAAUAGUGCAGGAAGAGAUUUCUAAUGUGAAUCUACAUCUCUUGGACUCUCUGGUACUUGGAAUUUGAUUCCCCAACAUAUACUUUGUUUCUUCAAGUUGUGAAUCCUAUUCCGAGGCCAAGUUUCCUAGUGCAUUGUCUAAAGAGCUGGUGUACUUAAGUAAGGGUUUCCACCUGGGGUAUCAGGUCCUCUGACAGAUUAGAUCAGGAACCUGAGCAACACAAUCCACUUAAAGACAUCCCUGCUCUUUGCAGGUGGCAGGGAGAAAUGGGCCGAGAUGACCUUUAAAGGUCCCUUCUAACCAAAAGCAUUCUACAAUUCUGUGAUCCUUGUGUGAUACUGUGCAUUGUAGCAUCUGUAUUGAUUUAGUGAGAUAUGUGUGAACAAACCCAGAAGACUACUAGAAAUGAAGCUCUUUGUGAUGGGUUUUGUAGUACUGUGCUAUAGAAAGAAUGAUUCUAUGUUGGGCAAUACAGGGCACCCCUGAAGGAGAGAUUUCACCAGGUCAAGUUGCUGUUUAAGCUUGAGCUAGUGUAUGCCUUUUCCCUUGUCAUGAAAAGCAGAAGAAAGUCGUGGUGAAGCAGCUCUUGGUCUCUGUUACCACUAUAAAAGAAACCAGUAAGACCCAGAACUUGGCAUUGCCACCAAGAAAUGAAUAUGCCUUCUGUGUUAAUCUUCUGUUUAAAAUCACUGCUGAGGCUACGCUCACCCAGAGCAUACCAGUAUCCUGUACUAGCAAAGCGCUCUGUGUGCACAUGAGGCUUAUUCUGCCCAAAACUGUACUUUUGACAGCAUAGCAUAUGCCAGACCUCCCAGGAGCUAAAGAAGCUUUACCAGCAAAAAUUCAGUUUUAGUGGUAUAAAACUGUGUCCACACCUUCCAGCUUUUGCCAGGACAAUUACAUCAAGGAGAGAUUGUACCUCUUAAUGCCUUUGACAUAGCUAUGCCAGCAAAAGUGUGAAGAUCUGCAUCAAGCAUUUUCUUUUUGUGGUCUGGGAGUGCUGCAAAAAUGGUUAGCUACCCUAGAGAAUGUAAGAUGCAGAAGAAUAAAUUAUUAUUUAGAAUAGCACAUUACAACCUUGAUCCACACAUUUAUCUAUUGUCUCUUGUGCCACAGAUUUUUUUUUAACAUCUCAAAAUACUUUGUUAUGGGCAUAGCUUUUCCUUUCCUGCACUAGCUAAAGCUGGCUUAACCAGUGGGCAAAUAGCAUAUAUUUGGAUGAAUGCCACACUAAAUACUGUUUACUUUGGAGAUCACUUAGAGAAAAGCAGGCUGAAGAUGUGGGAAUUCUGCUUUUGAAAAGGCCGUUCUCACAGAAACAGAUAUUGCUCUGGAAAUGAGCAAGAUGAAUUCAAACAAGCUAAUGAUGUAACAUGGUUAACACAGUGUUUGAAGGGAUUAUUUGUUUGUUUAUGCUGUUACUUUAUGAUUAUUUUGUGUUUAAUUAAGCGCUGCUAGAAACCAUGGGGAUCACAGUAUUGAAAUGAAUCUGACAGCCAUAAAGGGUAGAGCAGGCACAUGAGUGUUGCAGUUUGUAGCUGAUCUGGAGGCAUAGCUAUUAAAAAACGAUUGGCAAAUAAUUAUUUCCAGCAGUAGUGAAAAAAAAAACAACACUGUUGUUUUUUUCUUGUUUUAGGAGACUGCUGACAGCAAUAAUAGAAUUGUCCGUGCUGAAGAUUUAAGUUAGAGAAUUAUCUGAGGUAGUACUAGCCUCAGUGUAGCUAGACAGCACACAUUUGACCUGUGGGUGGCAAUGACAUAGACAAGUGAACACCUUUGGAAUGGAUAAGAACUAAGAUUGAUGGGCAAAACACCAACAGUCAAGUGGUUAAAGACCAUUAAUGCUCUUUGUUGCAUUCCAGUCUCAGAUCAUCUAAAUAAGUGUAAAUUUGUUGAGUUCACUUUAAAGUAUAAGAAGAGUUUAUAUAUCCAAGCCCACAGGAGUUGAUAGCAAAGACAUGAGUAAGGUUGAUGGAACUGUUAGAAGCAUGUAGUAAUACCAAAGGGCACACCAAAAGGAGAACAUGGCUAAAGGUAAACGCCUAUUAAAAAAAAGAGAGAUCGGUGUAAAUUAUUGCUGUUUGGAUUACAAACUAGAAGUAGACAAAUACUUCAAAGUUUUCUUUAUUUAAAUAGUUAUAAUGUAGUUUAUGUUGCAAUCAUACUUUACCAAUCUGUUUAUAUUCCAGCAUUAAAUAACCCGUUUUCAUUUUGGAUGAGCUAAAAGACACAGCCUCAAAUGGAUGUUCUGUGUAUAGCAACUGUUUGCCAAGUCUGGAUGCUCUAGAGACAUGAGGACCAAGGUCAGUUAUUUUAGAGAAGAGGCGAGAGCAUAAAUUAGUUUCCAACAUUAGAUUCAGUGAUUCUUUUUAAAUGGUAAAGAUCAUGACUUUGCUUACAUUUACUUUUCAUCAGCCAUGAAAGAAUUAAGGUAAAAUAGUUCACUUGCACGUGUGCGUCAGGCUAAAUGGAUUACAGAAGAUACAGAUCUGUUUGCCUGUCUGCACUUGCCUUUAGACAAUAUUCAUCAAUUUUACAAAAGCUACUGACUAAACAUGGAACCAAUACAAAUGAAAUGCUGGAGGCAAGGGCUUUCUUUUAAAAAUCUGAUGCAGAGCUGGUUUUACACUGACAGAAGGAAAAUGUUGGCAGAAAAUGAAAAACUUUCAUUGUUUCUGUAACUUGGAGGAUAAAAGGUAAAGGCCAUUUUAAAGUAUUUGAUAGAAAACUGCUGUGUUAUGCAAUGCAAUUAGAUGUUUUUAUAAUGCUUUUUUCAUAUCUCUCUAUAUGAAAAUAUUUUGUACUGUAGGUGCUUUUUUCUUUUUAAAAGGUUAUGUAAAUAUUUUUUUUUAAUCUCAAUACAGAAUAUUUUAAAGGCAUCAUGCUUGUUCUCUGAGCUUUACAGCAGAUACUGGUUAUCCAAAGUGUAAAUAAGAAUGUCAUGAGUAAUCAUUGGCUGGAAACUGUUCAGAAUGAGUAACAUGAAACAUAAUAAAUAUUCAAAUCAGUUA